AUGUCUACCAUCAUAACAACUUCUCCUCAAUCAGCCUUGCCUAAUCUGACACUGGCUAAUGACACAGCGAAACCCGUCACGUCCGAAACAGAGCGAAUUAAAGAGAAUACCGAAAGAGAACUUGACAUUGCAGCACGGAAAGGUGCUCCCGAUGUCUACGUCGACGCCGAGAAGGAUACAGAUUGGUUCCAUUGGCAAGGCACUAUCUAUGUUAAACCACUUCGCUUCGAAAACCGAUCAGGAACGUAUGUCAUUAUGUUGAAGACUGCUCCAGAAGCUCAACUUGGCAAGCACCGACAUCGAGGCGAGGUAAGAGCAUUGACUGUCAAGGGCAGCUGGGGCUACCAUGAGUAUGGAUGGACUGCAAAGGCUGGCGAUUACAUAAAUGAAAACCCCGGUACUAUCCACACACUAUGGAUGGGUAGAGACUCUGAGGUCAUGUUCAAUGUUACGGGCUCUAUUGAAUUUUUCAACGACAAUGGCGAACUUCGAGAAAUAAUGGAUCUUUUCAGUUUCUGGAGAAUGUACGUGGAUCACUGCCACAAGAAAGGCGUUCCCGCCAACGAAAAUUUAUGGUUUUGA